AUGACACCAGCUACGACAAUGAGCAAUCCGGGAGAUUUUGAUGCUGUCCGCAAGGACAUAGUUGCUGAGCUGAAGAAACCUGGAUACGAUGACGGCAGUGCUGGUCCUGUCUUCGUCCGUCUAGCCUGGCAUGCUUCCGGCACCUAUGACAAGGAAACAGACACUGGCGGCUCCAACGGCGCUGGCAUGCGCUAUGAAGGUGAAGGAGGCGACCCCGCCAACGCCGGUCUCGAAUACGCCCGCUCAUUCCUCGAGCCCGUCAAGAGACGGCAUCCCUGGAUCACAUACUCAGACCUCUGGACCCUGGCCGGCGUUGUAGCCAUCAAAGCCAUGGGUGGACCCAGUAUCGCCUGGAAGCCUGGCCGGACCGAUUUCGUCGACGACUCCAAGCUCCCCCCACGCGGUCGCCUUCCUGACGCCUCGCAGGGCACCGACCAUCUCCGCCACGUCUUCUAUCGCAUGGGCUUCAAUGACCAGGAGAUCGUAGCAUUAUCCGGCGCACACACUCUUGGCCGCACGCAUAUGAACCGCAGCGGCUACGAAGGGCCAUGGGUCAACAACCCAACGCGCUUCUCGAAUCAGUAUUUCAAGCUCCUGACGACGCUGGAGUGGCAGCCCACGACGCUGUCGAAUGGUGUGAAGCAGUUUAACUAUGUGGAUCCGGACGUGUCGGAAGACGAGAAGGACCAGCCGCUGAUGAUGUUGCCGACGGAUAUGGCGCUGUUGUCGGAUCCGGUGUUUGCUAAGUGGGUUAAGGUGUAUGCGGAAGACAAGGAGAUGUUUUUCAGCCACUUUGCAAAGGUGUUUGCGAAGUUGUUGGAGUUGGGAAUUAGGCGGGACGCCCAGGGGAGGGUCAUCAAUACGGAUGACACACUGGGGGGGUAUAUUUCUGCGCCGAAGAAGAUUGAUGAGCCAAGGGCGAGAUUGUGA